AUGGCUGGCUUUAAGACCCAUCUUAUUGUGCUACAAAGGGCCGCUCAGGAUACUCCAUCACUCUUGGCUCUUAAAAUACCGCAUAUGUCAUUAGAUGGUGAACUCCAAGGAUGGACAGAUAUAACCUGCUCGCAGCUCCUGCAUGACGUCGAGCGAUCUGCCAGGUAUUGGUCCCGUAAGCUUUUGAAAAAGGAAAUCAACACUGGAUCAGUCAUUGGAUUAUGGCUGAAGGGAACUACUUACCUAGAUCUACUGCAUAUCUGGGGCAUCUCUAGAGCUGGGUACGUUCCUCAGCUUAUUUCGGCUCACUUGACUAGCAGCACCGUAGUCAGACAGCUCCUCAACGAUGCUAAAGCAAAGGGUCUUAUCCAUGAUCCGGCAAUUCUCGUUUCUGUGGGUGAAGAUGUUGCCACUUUUCCUGCUGCUGAUUUCCUCGGUCUGGCUGUCGAGCAAUUCCCGCUUGCUGAAGUCAACAGCCCCAAGUCGGGUCACGAGAUUAUCUUCAUUCUGCACUCCUGUGGAUCUACCUCUGGGAAACCGACGCUGGUUCCUGCAACAGCUAGGUGGCUGGAUUGCAACAUGCGCAAAACCAAGCACGUUACAUUCCGGGGCCCAGGGGCUGAAUAUCAGGAGACUAAUGUGGCUAGUGGAAGUUUCUGUCACGUCGCGAACGCACUUGGAUUCAUGUCAUAUCUUAAUAAGGGCUCUUGCAUGACGCUGCCUACGUUGCUCCCCUACUCACUUCCCGAACUACGGAAAAUGGUUAGGGAGUGUAGAGUGACAGUGUUGAACAUGUUUUCUUCCUUUUUAGCCGACGUCACCAAAGCAGCUCGUAAGGAUCCCGAGCUUCUCGCCAUACUCCAGAGCUUCGAUGCCUGCACUUGCGGUGGACUUCCACUGGACGAAAAUAAAGCAGCUUGGGCUCGAGAGCAAGGCAUAAACCUAGUUGAACUCUUCGCCAGCACAGAGGUCGGCUGUAUGAUGAUUGGCGUGGGGGGACGACAUGGGAAGUUAUUGCGCAUGUGGCCUGGAUCAACAUUUGAGAUGCGACCCAUUUCUGUCGCGCUAGCUGACACUUCACUCAGAGACGCUGCUAAUAUUGCAUCAAGGGGAACGCUUGUGGAACUAGUAGUUCCCAAAUAUGCUCCUGAAUGUCCGCACCCUUCGCUGUGUGACCAAGACACAGGCGACUUCAGUACAGGCGAUAUCUUUCUGCAAGUCGAGCCAGAUCUUUACAUCUCCAUGGGUCGCAAUGACGAUUGGAUCAAGAUGGAGAACUCACUGCGCUGUGAUACACGAUCCAUUGAGAACAACGCACUUGAGGUGUGUGGCAAAGACCUAAUCACCGCAGCAGUAGUCGUUGGAGCUGCCAGACCUGCACCAGCGCUUGUUGUCGAGGCCAAACAAACCGAGGACUAUGGUGAACUGCAAACUAAGAUUUUGCAUCGAAUUACCCCAUUCCAUGAGCGCCGGUAUAAACACGAGCGUAUCCUCGACUCGCGACUGAUUGUCAUCGUGCCUAAUGGGGCAAUACCAAGAACUGCAAAGGGUAGUAUGCAAAGGAAAGUGGCUAAGAAAGAGUUUAAAGAAGAUUUAGACAGGAUUUAUUCAGAGGUAUAUCUAAGGAAGUAA